CAAGCGUCCUUGAGAACGCUUUGCAAAGGAAGGGAAGCCGACCCGAAGAUCUUCCACCCUCAUUCAUGAAUUUGCGAGUGAAGCGAACAGCAUCCAAUUGCAAUCAUCGACGAGGCAUUGGAUUGAUUGGAGAAGAGUGGAACUGAGAGUAACCAUACUAGCUACAGUAGUACUCUUGUCAUUGGAGAAAAGCUAUUGGAUUGUUAUUCAUUUCGUCAAGCUAUCUUCCUGAAGCUACCGAUACCCCAGCCAUUCAUUAUCUUGCAAUUACUACUAUUCAUUCCUUCACCCCAUUCUCAAAAAUAACUACCUCAAGAUGACAAUUCCACUGUUACUGGCGACCUCUGCUGCAACAACUGCAGCAGCAGCAGCUCCUGCUCCCGCCAAAGCAUCCGAUCUCCCCAAAAGUGUGAUCUUUGCGACAUCUGGUUUGGGUGGAUGCAUGGGAUGGGCCAUUGUGCAUCCUGCCAAUACGCUGGCCGUACGCAGCAAUUUGGCAUCCAUGAGUGGUCAGACGUUUUCCUUCAAGAAAAUGGUGGAAAAGCAGGGUCUCAUGUCUCUCUAUGAUGGAUUAUCUGCGGGGGUUCUUCGUCAAGUCUUUUAUGCCAGUUCCAGGUUUGGACUCUUUGAAACAUUUCGGGAUAAACUCCAUCAAAUUCGUGGAAAGACUGAUUUUGCAGCUCGCGUUGGAGUCGGUGCCAUUACUGGUGGAAUUGCAGCCUACAUUUCGUGUCCCAUGGAAGUGGCAGUGGUGAGAAUGUCCAACGACUCUUCGUUGCCCGUAGAGGAACGAAGAAAUUACAAAGGUGUCGUGGACACGGCCACACGAAUUGUCAAAGAAGAAGGAAUUGGGGCAUUCUGGAGAGGUUCCAACCCAUUUGUAGCCCGUGCCAUGAUGGUCGGGGUAUUCCAGGUAGCAACCUUGGAUCAGUUCAAAGACAUGUACGCAUCCUAUCUCAAUCAAAAAAAGAAUUCCAUCCCAAAUGUCUUUUCGGCAGCCAUGACAUCGGGAUUGAUUUAUUCCAUGGCCACCAUGCCCUUGGAGGCUUCCAAAAAUCGAAUGGCCAGUCAGAAACCAGACGCCGCGGGAAAUCUACCCUACAAGGGAAUUGUGCAGACAUUGACCAAGGUAGCCAAAGACGAAGGUGUCAUGGCACUCUACAAUGGCUUUUUUCCCUACUACAUGCGUUGUGGAGGACACACCGUGACAAUGUUUAUAUUUGUGCAGUUGUUGCGUGAUUUCUACACCAAGAAAAUGCUGUAGAAAGUGAGUCACAAGUGUUGUUUGCCUGCUUGGAUGGACUCUUUUUGUAUUUGCAAUCAGGAACCAAGCGCUGGGAGGAGUCUCAUCGAAUGCUUCAUAACAUAACAAUACAUACCAGCUGCCAUUUGGGCUUGCCGUGAUAGUACAUCUAUUGCUGUCAAAUACUUUGGAGGCGUCAUCUAGCCAGUUGUCUCUACAUUUCGUGGAGGGCAUCCACGGGUGUAGUUUUUACUUCAGCCAUACCGGUACUAAUAGUUCUAUAGCAUGCCUAUUUUCAAUCGAACAGCUUGAGAAGCAAUGUGUCCCGAAUGCCAACGUACCCAAUCAGAUCCACGGGUGUAGUUUUUACUU